AACGACCGCGCACACCCAAGGGUUUCUUCUGUUCCCACUCGGGUGCGCACGAAACCGAUGCGCCUACGUCAGCAGCGCCCGCGCUUCCAGACCCUUCGGCGACGGCCGUGACUGCCGCAGGUCGGCGCUGCCCCGCCCCCGGGCCCAUCUGAAGCCGGCCAAUCCGCGCCCUCUGGAGGUGGGGCCGGCGCCGUGAGGCCCCGCCCCUGAGCCGCAGCCUGUAUUAAAAGCCGCGGGGCGUGCCGACCCGCAAUCAGCUGAGGCGCCAGCUGGGAGGGCUAUAAUGCAGAGUGCCAUGUUCCUGGCUGUCCAGCACGACUGCGUACCUACCAUGGACAAGAGUGCAGGCAGUGGCCCCAAGAGCGAGGAGAAACGGGAGAAGAUGAAACGGACCUUUUUAAAAGAUUGGAAGACCCGUUUGAGCUACUUCUUGCAAAAUUCAUCCUCUCCUGGGAAGCCCAAAACCGGCAAGAAAAGCAAACAGCAAACUUUCAUGAAGCCAUCUCCUGAGGAAGCACUGCUGUGGUCAGAAGCAUUCGAUGAGCUGCUAGCAAGUAAAUAUGGUCUUGCUGCAUUCAGGGCUUUUUUAAAAUCUGAAUUCUGUGAAGAAAAUAUUGAAUUCUGGUUGGCUUGUGAAGACUUCAAGAAAACCAAAUCACCUCAAAAGCUGUCCUCAAAAGCAAGAAAAAUAUAUACUGACUUCAUAGAAAAGGAAGCUCCAAAAGAGAUAAACAUAGACUUUCAAACCAAAACUCUGAUCGCCCAAAAUAUACAAGAGGCUACAAGUGGCUGCUUUACAACUGCCCAGAAAAGGGUAUACAGCUUGAUGGAGAACAACUCUUAUCCUCGUUUCUUGGAGUCAGAAUUCUACCAGGACUUGUGUAAAAAGCCACAGAUCACCACCGAUUCCCAUGCUACAUGAGAUGAAAGAAGGAGCCCCAAAACAGAGGACAUUUCUUUCUUUUUCAUAAGGGGAAAGGCUCUGACUGGCCAAAAAGACUAACCUUGCAUUCAGCCUGGGUGUUCAGGAAACAUCACUCAGAACUAUUGAUUCAAAGUUGGGUAGUGAAUCCAGAAGCCAACAAUCUAGGGGAAGCUUGUGUUAGAAGGGCUUCCCUUACUGUGUGAAGAACAUGGGGAGGGAACAGUGGUCUCAGAGUGCUGUGGCUCACUGGAAAAGCAGUAGAGUGAGGUGAAACAUAAGACGUAAUACUGUUGGUCCAAAUAUAUUUAAAAUAAAUAGGUCUAGGAUUAUGUGGCCUUAGCCAGCUGGCUGUACAUCUUUCUCUAAAUCAGUCCAUGUGACCACAUAGUGGUUUUAGUUUUAGUUUAGAGGUUUUUUUAGUACUAAAUUACAUUAAAAUGUUUACUGUAUGCAAGAGUAUUUGAAGUUUUUAGGACUCCAGUUCAUCAGUACUGUUGUCUCAUGUAUUGCUGAAACUGAAAAGGUCUAUUUGAAUUGUUAAAUGGUGUGUGAAAUGGAAUGAAUGGUGUUGUGUAGAAACCUAUGGUGUCCGUUAUGAGUGCCAAAAACUGUCUUGAAGGCAGCUAAACUUUGAAGUGGUCUUUGAAUACUUUAUAAAUAAAUUUAUUUUGAUAAAUAACAUCAUUGAACA